AGAGGAGGUGGAGGGGGGUGAGUGCUUCUCGGCUCAGGAUCCGGGCCUAGUAGUGCCGGCGGCAGGACUCUCCCUCAUCCGCUGUCAAAAACCUGGGAUUUGCCUCAUUUGGGGGCCAAAAUGCAGACGGCGAGGCUCUUCUUGAAGGUGGUCGACAUCGGAAUGGGAGGAACAAUGCCAGCAUGAGUGGGCCCCAUGCAGGCCCAAGCCAGACGUCCAGCUGCCCUUUGACCCCUGCCCCUGACCUCUCUCCCUACUCCCAUAACAAUAACUCCCGCCCAACCAUGUCUGCCACCUCCUCCCUACAGCGUGUCUAUGGAUUUGUGCAAGGGGACCCGUCACCCCCUUCCUCCACCUACAGCCCCCUCAGGAGACUGCAGCAUCUCACCACCAUGGUCAGCCAGCCCGACCUGGUCCUUCCGGCCCAGUCGGGUAAGAGCUGGGAGUGGGCAUCCAAUCAGAAGGCACCAGAGCGGGACUCCUGGGCCGGUAGCAGGGAUUAUUAUGGUGCCUCCUUCACAAAAAGAGAGGAGAAACAACAGGAGGUCCAAAGUGGUGAAACUAAGGAUGCACCGUUAGCUAGCUGUAGCAGUCCUAGCACGUCCGAGAGGAAAACGGAAGGUGCUUUGUCUUGUCCGCCGAGUCCAGCCUUCUCUCUGGAUAGCAACAGCCCGUUUGCAAAUGGUCUUCUGCACUUUGAGUCCUCCUUGUUUGAGGAUGAGGACAACAACGUUGAAGAGCAGCAGCAGACUUUCCCGACCAUCUCUGACUCGUGCAAUAAACACGAGACAGCAAGGAGUGAGAUCCAAUCCAUCCCUCCCGACUCUAAGGAUCUAAAUGUUUCAUCAGCAAAGGUCAUCACUCGAUCACAGUCGUCAGGCCUGCGACGAAGGUACUGGGAUGGUUCCGAGGACGAGUGGGAGAGUGACACUGAGCUCUUCCUGUUUGAAGAUAUGUCCUCCAGACAUUUGACGCAGAACGAUAUGAAGAGAAGUUCCGUGCCACCCGUGAAGUUUUUAGAGGGCGAGCUCAUUUGGGCAAAGUUCAACCGACGACCGUGGUGGCCCUGCGAGGUGAUCGUUGACCCUGCGCUGGGAGUCUAUCACAGGGUCAAAGAGCCCAGCGAUCGUCCCUGUCGACUCUACCAUGUCAGGACUUUUGGGGAGCCGGAGGAGCAAGCCUGGGUGGAGGAUAAAUCAACUCAUAUCUUCCAUGGAGGCUUUCAGUUCGAACAGCUCGCUCAACUGCGUCGUAAGGGGAAACAAAGAGCGCACAACCACAAAUACACUAUUGCAAAACGUUUUGAGGCGUCUUGGCAAUCCAGUGUGAAUGAAGCUGAAAUUAUUCUCCAGCAGAGACCCAACAUAGUCUCUUUGUCUAUAGACAAUGCCUUCCAGGAGAGUCCUACUGCAGUAAAAAAGGCCAGCCCCCAUAUUUCUCCUUCCAUGCUGCCAGUGACCAAUCUUCCUGAAAAAUCGCACAUAAUCAAUGGAUCAAUAUCUUCUCCUAUAGAAACACAAACUAAGCACGGCACUUUAAAGAAAUCUUCUAGUAAGAGAAAAGAUGGUGAUUCAUCAAAGAAGUCUAAAAAGAUACACCAUAAUAGCCCAUCACAUAGAAAUGUGGAGUGCCCUUAUUCAGAUCUUGACUCGGUCCCUAAAAUUUUGUGUCCUAAAGCACUUGAACGUCAGUCUAAGUUGACUCAACUGCCGACUAAUGUCGCCAAAGAGGAAAAGAAACAUCCAGAAAUACAAAGUGGUCUGUGGUUCAGCAAAUCGGGCAAAGACAGGCGACCUAAAACUGUUGGUCCAGUGCCAGAUCGUACCCUUUUCACCAAGGUGCUCAGUAAGAAAAAGACCUCUGUUAGUAGUAAAAAGAUUGCGGCCCCUGGUGGUCCUGCCUCCAGUGGGGCACCGGGUGGUCAGUCUGAGGCGGUACUUGUUGAAACAAAGCUUAUAUCUGAGAAAUUGGAGCAUAUGAACUCAUAUGAAAACAUCACUGUAGUUAAUACACCUUUUGGAAGCCCUGCUGAGUUGGUGUCACAAAAACAGCAGAACCCAGUGGAUUCUUCUGAUCUUAAAGGAUUGUCGCAAAAGCAGGAGUCCAUGGAUUCUUCUGGAUCUCCAGGAUUUUCACAAAAGCAGGAAGCCAUGGAUUCUUUUGUCUCUCCUGGAUUGUCAAAGAAGCAACAGUCUGUGACUUCUUCUGGAACUCAAGGUUUCUCAGAGAAACAGGAAUCUGAUUCUUUGGGCUCUUGUGGAUUAUCUCGAAAGCAGGAAACCGUGUGUUCAUCAAAACCUCAAAGACUGUUACAGAAGCAAGAGUUGGUGGAACCUUCUGAAUCUCGAGGAUUGUCUCAAAAGCAGGAGUCUGUGGUUUUUGCAACAUAUGAAGGAUUGUCACAGAAGUCGGUGUCUUCUUCCAGACUUCGACAAUUGUCAGAGAAGGAUUCAGUAGGUUAUUCUGGAUCUGGAAGACUGUCACAGAAGCAGCAGUCUGUGGCAUCUUCUGAAACUCAAGGAUUGUCGCAAAAGCAAGAAUUUGUGGCUACUUCUAAAUCUCAAAAACUGUCAUCAGGGCAGGAGUUGGAUUCUUUCAGAUCUCAAGGAUUGUCACAGCAGUCCAUGGAAAAUUCUCAACCUCAAAAAUCAUCAAAGAAACAAGUGUAUGUGGAUUCUUGUGGACCUCAAGGAAUCUCACAGAAGCAGGAAUCUGCAGAUCCUUGUGAACCUCAAAGCCUGUUACAGAAACAGGGUUUUGUGGGUUCUUUGGACUCCAGAGGAUUAUUGCAAAAGAAGGUAUCUGUGGCUUCUUUGACACCUCGAGGUUUGUCACAGAAGCAGAAGACCAUAGCCUCUUCUGAUCCUAAAGGAUUGUCUAAAAAGCAGGAGUCAGUGGCUUCUUCAAAACCACAAGUAUUGUCACAGAAACAAGAGUCUAACUCUCGAGGAUUGUCAAAGACGCAGGAGGUCAUAGAGCAUUCUGGACCUCGAGUGUUGUCACAAAAGCAAGACUCUGUGACUUCUUCUGGGCCUCAAGGAUUGUCACACAAGCAGGAGUUGGUGGCUUCUUCAAAAACUCGAGGACUGUCGCACAAGCAGGAGUCUGCAACUUGUUCUGUGCCUCAAGGGCUGUCACAGAAGCUGGAAUCUGUGGACUCUCACGGACCAUCUGAGAACGGUGACUAUUUAAGUGGUAGGCAAGUCAGUCCUAAUUCUACAGACUCUGCUAGUGUAAAGUCUAAUCCACCAAAUAGUGCAUAUGGUAAAAACACCAGCAAGAAGGCCAAUUACAAGAAUGUCGGUGAAAUUGACCACUGUAAAGUAAGGGAGGUUAAAAAGAUUGCCGUACCGAGUUCUAAGCAGGCAGAAGGAAAGGAAAGCCGUGCCAAGACCAAGGCCACAUCAAACGUUGAAUCAACAGCUCUCCAGGCAAAAUUGGAUCUCCAAAAAUCUCUGAUCGCCCAAUGUAAGAUGCCCUUUGUCAAAUUGAUACGCAAAGAGAUAGACAUCAAGAAAAUCCUUAAUUCCAAAGUAACUAUUGGUCCCAAUGACCAAAUUGGACAUGCAAAAAGUAAGGCAACCUCAGAUGAAACUGUUGACACGUCCGCUGAGUCAGACAUAUUGGACAAAGGGUCAAGUGGCAUAAAUAAAGUAGACAAAAAUGCUUUGAAUGUUGACAGUUCAGAAAUCGAAACUGUGUCAGUGAAAGUCUCUGAAGAAAAGGGAGCGAUUGUUACUGCAGCCAAAACCAUUUCUUCCGAACCUUCGCAAAGCCCACAUCAACAAGAUACUUCUGUCUCAAUUGUGGUUCAAAACACAACCCCUCCAUCCUCUCAGUUAGAUCAAUCUUCAGUUUCUCUCUGUAACCAAGUGCCCCAAGAACCAUCCCCUGAGACAACUACUCUUAAAUUGAAGCCUGUUCCAGGAACUUUGCCUGAAGUUCUAUCACAAGAUCCGCCUGCUCACCUUCCAGCCAGCAAUCGGCUGAUGACGCGAGCACUGAAGACCCUGAGGGUGCUGCAAAAGCAGAAACAGAGAAAAGCCAGAAGGAAGGCUGGGCAGAAAAAACUUUUACAUCGUACCAAAAACGUGGUAGACCCCUCUCAGAACACUUUUAAUCCAGAAAACAUUUUGGACCUUUGCACCACCACAGCAAAGUCCAAGUCUGAUCACGAGGCCAACGAUGAAGACACCGUUUCUAGCUGUUGUACCCCGCCUUUGAUGUUCCAGGAUUCUGUUGGAGUCAAGAGUGAAGAGGAGGACCAUUCUCUGUCUUCAACGUCUCCAAUGGACUUCAUACCCCUCACUUCCAACAUGAAGGCAAAAGAGGUGGAUCAGACCUCUUUAUCUUUGCCUCUCUCACCCUUUUCUUUUAUGAAUGCCUUCAAAAAUGUGAAAGAGGUGUCCUUCCAGUCCUUGACGGAUAAGGCUAACGGCAAGCCCCUCCCCUUCAAGCCAGACAUGAACUACAAAUUCAGCACUUUUCUUAUGAUGCUCAAAGAUGUGCAUGAUACCCGGGAGAGAGAUGGGGCCCCUUUAGAACUGGAGAUUGGUCCACCGAGUUCGCAUGUCAAGGAAGAGCCCUCUGUGAUGCCUGGCAUGGCUGCACUCAUAGGCCUGGAUCGAGACGUGAAUGGCCUGGACAAACACACAUAUUUGGAUACAAGUCAAAGGCAUGUCUCCAAAGGGCCUUGCAACAGAAUUAGUAGUUCUUCCUGGAUGAAGAAGAAAGCUAACCGUAAAGUGCCUUGUCGCCCUGAGAGGUCUGGACCGGGCUACCCAGGAGUAAGAGACUUGCUAGGAAUGGACUUUUCUUCUGUCCUGGAUUACUCUGCCAAGGUCCAGUCCUUGCUGGGCGUGCAGGCCUGCCAGUGGGAAGGGCAGGCUGGGGGUGAUGAAGGAAUGUUGAGGUGGAGCAGAGACUUCGGAGCGAUGAAUGGCUUCGUUUCCGACUGUACAGACGCCAAAUCUAGCCUGAGCUGCAACACUGGAGAAGGCGACGAUGCUUCAUCAGCACAUAAAAGAAUUAGAAAACCAAGCAAGAGGCUCCUAGAAUGGACUGAAGAAUACGACCAGAUAUUCUCAAGGAAGAAAAAUAAAAAGCCUCUACCAUCAGUUACAAUGACCAACCAAGCACUUUCGCCCACGUCCAAAACGUCAGCACUGGCCAAGAAUGCACUUGAUUCCCCUUCCUUGAAUGCACUACCUGAGAUACAGACGCCACCUCCAGAAGAAAUCACCCUAACCACAGAGCUACAAAUUCCCAGGGCCGAAAACUCGUCCCCACGGGAAGCACAAGUGCUUUCCAUCGACACGCUAACACCACCUCCUGAAACCGAAGCUGAACCAUUGCAGUCUACAGACCCUGUCAAAGACUACACACACGGUGCAUUGCUACAGAAGAAGCGCAAAAGGAAACCCACGCCGAAGAUUCUGGAAUAUUCCCUUGAAGCUGAGGCCUCAGUGGGCCCAAAGAAGAAGGUCAAAACAGUGAAGAACAGCUCCAGUCCUGCUCCUCAAGCAGCUUAUCCAGAGCCUACUCCACCACCCAUGAAACCAAAAAGUAGGCAAUCUCCCCCGCCUGCGAGCCCGGAAGUCUCCACUUUUUCGCCCACCCCUUCCACUUUGACACCAACCAGCACUCCACUGGUACCAACGGCAUCUGAACCCAAACGGGUGGACCCGACAAUAGCAGACGUUGAUGCUACUCGACUAGAAGACGCUAAAUACACAACAGAGUCAGAGGGUGAAGCAUCCAUGUUGGAUCAGAGCUUCUCUUCCACUAAAGACGACUCGUCGCUGUGUGAUGAUCCACUCGCACCUUCCAGGAAGAUCAUCGGGGACAGAGGAGGCCCCGCUUCCAUGAAGGAGAAUGUCUGUCAGGUGUGUGAGAAGACCGGGGAGUUGCUGCUGUGUGAGGGUCAAUGUUGUGGAGCCUUUCACCUUGCCUGCAUUUCUCUGGCCGAGGCCCCCAAAGGGAAGUUUGUGUGUCCGGAGUGCAAAUCAGGAAUCCACACCUGCUUUGUCUGCAAGAAGCGCAGCGAGGACGUGCGGCGCUGCAUGAUCCCCAUCUGCGGCAAGUUCUACCACGGCGAGUGCAUCGCCGCCUACGCCCCGACCGUGCCAGUCAACCGAGGUUUCCGCUGCUCCAUCCACGUUUGUCUCACGUGCUUCAUCGCCAAUCCCACCAGUCCCUCUAGCUCUAAAGGACGUCUUGUGCGCUGUGUCCGCUGCCCGAUCGCGUACCACGCCAAUGACCUCUGUAUGGCGGCCGGCUGCGUGGUGCUCUCCAGCAAUAGCAUCAUCUGUCCCAACCACUUCACCCCGCGACGGGGUGUCAAGAACCAUGAGCACGUCAAUGUCAGCUGGUGUUUUGUUUGCACAGAAGGGGGAAGUCUGCUGUGCUGCGAGUCCUGCCCCGCCGCCUUCCACCGCGAGUGUCUGAACAUUGAGAUGCCCAAAGGCAGCUGGUACUGCAACGACUGCAAGGCCGGGAAGAAACCUCACUACAACGACAUUCUGUGGGUCAAGGUUGGACGCUACAGGUGGUGGCCUGCCGAGGUUAGCCAUCCCAAAACCAUCCCAGAGAACAUCCAGCGUAUGCGGCACGACGUGGGCGAGUUCCCCGUUCACUUCUUUGGCUCCAACGACUACCUGUGGACCUACCAGGCUCGUGUCUUUCCUUAUAUGGACGUGGAUGCCAACAGCAAGGAAAAGAUGGGCAAGGGUGUCGACGCCACUUAUAAGAAAGCUCUGGAAGAGGCGGCGGUGCGUUUUCGUGAGCUUCAAGCUGAGAAGGAGCUUCGGCAGCUUCAGGAGGACAGAAAGAAUGACAGGAAGCCUCCGCCGUACAAGCAUAUCAAGGUGAAUCGGCCAAUAGGGAAGGUUCAGAUAAUCACUGCUGACCUAUCAGAGAUCCCACGCUGCAACUGCAAGGCCACAGACGAGAGCCCAUGCGGGAUGGACUCGGAGUGCAUCAACCGCAUGCUCCUGUACGAAUGUCACCCGCAGGUGUGCCCAGCAGGCGAGAAGUGCCUGAACCAGGCGUUCAGCAGGCGUCAGUACAGCCAGGUGGAGAUCUUCAGGACGCUGUCUCGAGGCUGGGGUCUACGGUGUGUCCACGACAUCAAGAAGGGUCAGUUUGUGAGCGAGUACGUCGGGGAGGUGAUCGACGAGGAGGAGUGCAGGUCGAGGAUCAGACACGCACAGGAACACGACAUCUGUAACUUCUACAUGCUAACUUUGGACAAGGAUCGCAUCAUCGAUGCUGGACCGAAGGGCAACGAGGCUCGUUUCAUGAACCACUGCUGCCAACCCAACUGUGAGACCCAGAAGUGGACGGUGAGCGGCGACACGCGCGUUGGUCUCUUCGCCCUCGUCGACGUGCCAGCGGGCACUGAACUCACCUUCAACUACAACCUGGAGUGUUUGGGGAACGGCAAGACGGUUUGUAAAUGUGGCGCGUCCAACUGUAGCGGCUUUCUCGGUGUCAGGCCAAAGAACAACCCGCCUUCAGAUGACAAAGGACGCAAGCUGAAAAGGCGUGGCCACGGCAAGCGGAAGAAGAAGGUGGUGGUGACUAAGGAGCGAGAGGACGAGUGCUUCAGCUGCGGAGACGGGGGACAGAUGGUUUCCUGUAAGAAACCCGGCUGUCCCAAGGUCUACCACGCCGAUUGCCUCAACCUCACCAGGAGGCCUGCGGGACGCUGGGAAUGUCCGUGGCACCAGUGUGACGUCUGCGGCAAGGAGGCGGCGUCCUUCUGCGAGAUGUGCCCCAGCUCGUACUGCGGCCAGCACCGUGAGGGCCUGCUCUUCAUCUCCAAGCUGGACGGCAAGCUGUCCUGCAGCGAGCACGACCCCUGCGGACCAGACCCCCUGGAACCGGGGGAGAUCCGCGAGUACAACCCCCAGUCCAGGGGCCUGACGUCGGGCUUGGGAAUGGCCGUCAUCACCCCAUCUGCUCCCGGUGUCUCAGCGGGUGCGAGCCCCGCCCCCAGCAGGGUUCAGGAUGUCAGUGCCGCCCCUGGAGGCUGCAUUUCCGAGUCAUUUCCUGCCUUUUCCAUCCCGGUACCCAUCACUAUUCCUGUCUCCACACCUACCACCUCACCUCCAUCCAGCAGCAUGUUUGACCUCCCGCAGUACUCGCCCAUCUCCUCCUAUGAGGAGGACAGGGACGUCCUGGAGGAGGAGGAGGAGGAGGAGCUGUUGGAAGAAGAUGAAGAAGAGGACGAGGAGGAAGAGGAUAGAGAAGCAGGAAGGCAGGAGAAUGAGGAGGAAGAAGAAGAGGAGGAUGCAGCUUUGGAAUACCUCGAGAUCAGAGACGAUGAGGAUGAGGAUGACUGAAGUUGUGUAUUCUAGCAGGUGUGUAUUGACCACAAUGCAAUCUCUGCUUCUACUCUUCUGGUUCCUUUACAGACUUCUACGCCACCUUUGACCCCUUCAAGUGUAAAAUAGUUUCAUCCGCAUGGUCUUUCCUCAUUCCAGCUGUCAAACAUGCUCACAACAUUAGGUACACCUCAUCAGAUCCAGUACAAGAGCUUGGAAGUGUUGUUUACCAGAAAUACCUCCAGCCGGGGCUUUUAUUGACCUUAUCUUUUAACUUUCAUCAUAAUUUGGAGUGCAUGAGACAACGUGGCUGUCUCGUGGUCGAUUUAUUCACAAGAAUAUUGCACAACACAGCAGCAACACAACUGAUGUUGUAAUGGCGGUAAGCAGCCAGCAGGUCAUUGUACAGUACGGUCAAUGUAACGUGCAUGACUUUCACACCCAUAGCUGAGCGGCAACAUUUUAAAGCGCACGAAGAGGCAGAUGUUGACCACUCUUCAUACUUCAAACAGUAUUUCCCACAGACUGCAAUCUAAUUGUAGUGGAGUGACAUGACGAUGACAUCGGCAAGUAAUUUGCAUAAUUGGCCAUGUUGCAUUUGCAUGUAGGGUCCCUCGACACAUCUCGCUUUGAAUUUUGCGGCUUCACUAUCAUGUUUUGUCAAAAAUGUAGUCAUGAAUCAUCGUUAUUGUGGUUGACUAGGGCCUAUUAUUAGUAAAAAAAAAUGAAUGUAUGUAAUUUGUACAUAUUUUUGGCCUAAAUUCAGCAUUUUCCAAGCAUAAAAAUUACUAAGUGAUCUAAAAUAUUAAUAUUAUACUUGGGAAAUAUGAGUGUAAAGAUGAUUAUUUCAUGUCGAGGGUGCUCUGUCCAUCCAACCAUCCUCUAUACCGUUUAUCCUCACAAGGGUUGCGGGUAUGCUGGAGCCUAUCCCAGCUGACUAUGGGUGAGAGGCGGGGCACACCCAGGACUGGUCGCCAGCCAAUCACAGGGCACAUAUAGACAAACAACCAUUCACACUCACAUUCAUACCUAUGGACAAUUUGGAGUCACCAAUUAACCUAGCAUGUUUUUGGAAUGUGGGAGCUAGAGUACACACAGGGAGAACAUGCAAAUUUCCCAACAGAGAUUCAAACCUUUCAGAUCUCCUGACUGUGUGGCCAACAUGCUAACCACUUACCCAAUGUCAUAGCACGGCCGCCUGUGAGUGCUUUUAGAUGGGGAGUAACCCACAGCAUUCCCUGCUGCACGUUGAGAAGAGCAAUAAAUGCUCUCAUGUCAGUCUUCACAACUCUUUUUUUGAAGAAGAAGAGUAUCUAGUUCUUGUAUUCUCUUUCUGUAUCUGGUCCUAUGGUCUUAAUUACUAGCUAAAUAUAGCGACAAAAUCACUAAGGUGGCAACGCUCAUCCUUCCUGCUACAUUAUCUUACUCCCUGGCAGAUCAGGUGCAUAUUUGGUGUGUUAAUCAGCAGAGUUACAAUGCACACAUUCACCUACUGUACUGUACAGAAUUGUACUGACAACUUCCAUUUGCAGACAGUCCCAUUAUAGUGUGUUUAAGAGCAAAGUUGAACAGGUAGCACCAUUUUUUUAAUGAACGCCACAAGAUGGCAGUAGCCGCAUUUGACCACCAAAAAAAAAACCUACAUCAGGAGGUUGCCUACAACCACAGCAGUUAAUGCUCAUGUUUUUUGACACUCGCAGAUUAAAGAUCCUGGCGGUUUUUGCAGACCACAUAGGCUGUAAUUGAAUAGGGGCAUUAAUUGAAGCAUUUGCAAGUCAACUGGGAUAGGCUCCAGCUCCCCACCAUCAUUAGUCAUUUAAGCGGUCGAGAGAAUGGAUGGAUUUGUUUAUAUUAAAUCUUAUCUUAUUAUAAAAAUGAUUGAAGUUUAUAAAUGAGUAUGUUUAUUUGAAGUUUAAUACAUCAGUAUAUUUAUUUUAUUCAUUGAAGUAAAUGUAUAUGCUUAGUUUUAUUAUUGUGGCUGUACAGUACUGUAGUGCAGAAGCGCAUUGCAUCAUACUAAUGUGUAGCUGUCUAAGGUACGGUGCUACAGCUCUUGUAUUGGAUCCCUGCUUUGGAUGAGAAGGUGUAUUCAUCAAGUAGCAAUCACACUUUUGUUGUUUUUUUUAAAUCAUGGACUGUUUUAGAGACUACGUGUCAUUGUUACAGGACACUCUAUGCUUAGUAAUGACAACACUAGUGGACGUUUUGGACCGCAGGUUCACGCUGAUACCUGACCAAUUUCCCACGCGAUCCACGUGUGUCGGAGUGAAACACUCAACGCCAGAGGAAGGACAGUUCUCGGGAUUGUUGGGUUAUUUUCGGUCGGGAUACACUUGUGGACAAAAAUCUUGGGACACAUCCAUUGUUGACUUAUUCAAUAUGGGACAAAAGUCACGCUCAAAAGACUGGGAACAAUCAUAUGUUUCACUUCCUGGAUGUGUCCCAAUACUUUUGUUCCACACAGUGUCUCACCCCCCCCCCCCCCCCAAACUGAAGGAUGUUUUCAGAGAAAAAGAAAAAGACAGUCCGCGGUCUUAACACUGAAACGCAGCAGCUGUGUGUAAGCUGUAGUCGGUUUAUUUAUAUAUUACUGUGACGUGACCACACAACAACCAUGGCGCUUCUAAGUGUGUAUGUGUGUAUGUAUGUGUCCAACGUGUGUUUUGUCCUAAAUAAGUAUUUAGUGUGUGCGUGUGUCAUCUUACAGCCUUAAAGUGUCUUUUUUUCCCCUGAGACAUUUUGAAGCCGAUUAAUUCUAAACUUUUUACAGUGGCCCAGUCACACCUCAUUGCUCAUUGUAAUUAGCAGCGCUUCCAUCACACAAAAGUACUAGUCAACAGUAUACAGUACAGAUAUAUACAGUAUAUAUAAGAUGUGAAAUAAGCACUUUGUACCAGCAUAAUUUCUUUUCUUGUUUUUCCUCCCUGCUCCAACAUGAAGCCAAAUAAAAGUAGUACAUCUGCAAGUGGCAAAUUCCAAUUA